UAUUUUUUCAGACAAAAAUUAAAAAUAAAUUUUUCAAAUUUUUCUUGUUGAAGAUUAUAGCUUUGAAGACUAAGAAGCAGUAUCAUACAACAAUGUUAAGAAGUAUAGCAGGGUUAGCCAGAGGUUCUUCGGGAACUCAAAGCUUGGCUUUGGUUACUUUGAAUAACAAUUUGACUCAAAUUCGUACAGCUACCAAAAGAGUGUCUGGUUCUAAAACCAACAAGAAUGAUUCAGCUGGUAGAAGAUUGGGUCCAAAGGCUUAUGAAGGUAACUACGUUAAACCAGGUACAAUUAUAAUGAGACAAAGAGGUACCAAGAUCCAUCCUGGAGAAAAUGUGAGGAUUGGUAUCGACCACACUAUAUAUGCUGUUGAACCAGGGUAUGUUAGAUUCUACUUGGAUCCAUUUCACCCAUUAAGAAAAUAUGUUGGUGUUUCAUUACAAAAAGAUGUCAAGUUACCUAUACCACAUUUUGAACCUAGAGUGAGAAGAUUUGGAUACAUUGAAUUGCAAGAUCCUGAACAAGCUCAAAAGGAAGAAGACCGUAAAUCAAGAAAAGAAUACCUUUAUCAAUCUCAGUUAGAACAAAAAGCUUUACAAAAGGAAAAUUUUAAAAAUGACACCAUCACUAAAUUCAAAGAAGUUUUACAAAAGGAAUUUGCCGUAACAGAUAAAGAUGUGGAAUUAGCAUCUACUAGAUUCUUCAAUAUAUUGACAUUAUCUAAUGCUGGUCAUAGCAUAGAAUCUGCCAAAACUCAAGAAACUUAUAAUUACUUUUAUUCCUUAAAAUUAUCUGUACAGAAAGGAGAGCUAUCAAAAGAAGAAGAAUCAACUAAGAGAUCUGAAUAUUUAACUUUCAAAGAUCAAAUAGAAAGUCAAGUCAACUUGGAUGUUAAUGGUUCAUUAUACAAAUAUUUAACUCCAGAAGAAGUUUCAACAAAACAAAAGGAAAUAACUCAAAAAUUAGAAACUGAAUAUUAUAAAGUGCUUUCACCAAAAGAAAAGACAGAAGUUUCUAGAUUAAUCAAUACUGCAGGUAUAUUUUCCGUGUCUGAAAGACAAUCAUUAACCAAUCGUUUCUUACCAUCAUUUGUUCCGUACGAUGUUCCAGGAUCUGUCAUUGAAGACAUUGAUCCAGAAAACAUUCCAAAAGACGUUGUUGCUCAAAGAGUUUUCGAUGAAGCUACAAGAAAAGCUAAGUUGAUCGGUAGACCAAAAGCUGCAUUAGCUUAAACUUGUUAUACAUAGAAAUAAUUAAACUUGUAAAUAUACAUUCCCAGACUAU